GCGCGCUGCCACAGUAUGGGAUCUUUGUGAAUCGUAAACACAUCGCAUCAACAAAGUUAUUGAACAGAGAUAAGAGAAUGGCAGCAGAUUCCAGUGACAAAAAAGAGGCUGAAUCCUCUGCCUCCAAGGACCGGGAGAGGAAACGCAGUAGGUCCAGAGAUCGGGACAGAGACCGAAAAGGGUCACCGUCACGAAAGAGGCAUCGUUCACGUGAGCGAAACAGGUCCAAAUCUGCAGAGAGAGAUCGGCGAGCAAAAGACAAAGACAGAGAUAAGGAUCGUGACAGAGAAAAGGACAGAGACAGAAGUCGUAAAGACAGAGAUGGCCAUCGACGAGACAAAGAUCGCAAAAAGUCCAGAAGUCCAUCUCCUAGAUCUAAAGAUGCCAAAGUUAAGAAGGAAAAAGAGAUAAAGACAGAGGAGGAAGAAGAGGAUACAAAGAAGAAAGAGAAGGUCCAACCACUUUCUUUAGAGGAGCUUCUGGCAAAGAAAAAGGCAGAAGAGGAAGCAGAAUCUAAGCCCAAGUUCUUGUCUAAAGCCGAGCGAGAGGCUGAGGCGAUAAAACGUCGGGAGCAACAGACGGAAGAAAGAAAAAGGAUGAUUGAUGAGGAAAGAAAGAAGAGAAGGGUUUUUCAGGAUAUGGGACGGAAAAUGCUGGAGGAUCCUCAGGAGAGAGAGAGACGAGAAAGGAGAGAGCGCAUGGAGCGAGAAAAUAACGGAAAUGAAGAAGAUGACGGACGACAGAAGCUCAGAGAAGAAAAGGACAAAGGCAAAGAACUAGUGGCCAUUAAGGAACGUUACCUCGGCGGAAUGAAAAAACGUAGAAGAACUCGCCACUUAAAUGAUAGAAAGUUUGUGUUUGAAUGGGAUGCUUCUGAGGACACUUCUGUAGAUUACAAUCCAAUUUACAAAGAAAAGCAUCAGGUUCAGUUGUAUGGACGAGGAUUCAUCGCUGGCAUCGACUUGAAGCAACAGAAGAGAGAGCAGUCACGUUUCUAUGGUGAUUUGAUGGAAAAGAGACGCACAACAGAAGAGAAAGAGCAAGAGGAGACAAGGUUGAAGAAGAUGCGUAAGAAGGAGGCCAAGCAGCGCUGGGACGACAGACACUGGUCUCAGAAGAAACUUGAUGAAAUGACAGACAGAGACUGGAGAAUCUUCCGAGAAGACUACAGCAUCACCACCAAAGGAGGCAAGAUCCCCAACCCCAUUCGCACAUGGAAAGAGUACGCCCUGCCUGCUCACAUCUUGGAGGUCAUCGACAAAUGCGGAUACAAGGAUCCAACACCCAUUCAGAGGCAGGCCAUUCCCAUUGGACUCCAGAACAGAGACAUCAUCGGUGUGGCUGAGACUGGCAGUGGUAAAACUGCUGCGUUCCUCAUUCCUCUACUUGUCUGGAUCACGACUCUGCCCAAAAUCGACAGGAUUGAAGACUCUGAUCAGGGCCCUUAUGCUGUGAUUCUGGCCCCCACUCGUGAGUUGGCUCAGCAGAUCGAAGAAGAGACCAUCAAGUUUGGGAAACCUCUGGGGAUCCGGACAGUGGCCGUUAUUGGAGGUAUCUCUAGAGAGGACCAGGGCUUCAAACUCAGGAUGGGCUGUGAGAUUGUAAUUGCUACUCCUGGUCGUCUCAUUGAUGUUUUGGAAAACCGUUACCUAGUCCUGAGCAGAUGCACAUAUGUGGUCCUUGACGAGGCAGACAGAAUGAUUGACAUGGGCUUUGAGCCCGACGUCCAGAAGAUUCUAGAGUAUAUCCCAGUGACCAAUCAGAAACCAGACACAGACGAAGCUGAGGACCCUGAGAAGAUGAUGGCCAACUUUGAGUCUGGGAAACAUAAAUACAGACAGACUGUGAUGUUCACAGCCACCAUGCCUCCAGCUGUGGAGAGGUUAGCGCGAAGUUAUCUACGGCGCCCUGCUGUGGUUUACAUUGGAUCUGCAGGCAAACCCCAUGAGAGAGUGGAACAGAAGGUCCUGCUUAUGGGAGAGGGAGAGAAAAGGAAGAAAUUGUUGGAAGUUUUGUCUCACGGUUUCGAGCCUCCAAUCAUUAUUUUCGUCAAUCAGAAGAAAGGUUGCGAUGUGUUGGCUAAAUCUCUGGAGAAGAUGGGGUACAAUGCGUGUACAUUGCACGGUGGAAAGGGCCAGGAGCAGAGAGAGUUUGCUCUGUCUAACCUCAAAGCUGGAGCCAAAGACAUCCUGGUGGCCACAGAUGUCGCUGGUCGUGGUAUCGACAUCCACGACGUGUCAAUGGUCAUCAACUACGACAUGGCCAAGAACAUAGAAGAUUACAUCCAUCGUAUUGGUCGUACCGGUCGUGCCGGUAAGAGCGGCAUUGCCAUGACGUUCCUUACCAAAGAAGAUUCCGCAGUUUUCUACGAUCUCAAACAGGCCAUUUUGGAGAGUCCAGUUUCCACGUGCCCCCCCGAGCUCGCCAACCACCCCGAUGCCCAGCACAAACCAGGCACCAUUCUCACGAAGAAGAGGCGAGAGGAGACCAUAUUUGCAUAACCUCCUUCUGUUUUUUUUAUUUUUUAUGUGGAUACAUUUCCACAUCAUUGUGUUGGUUCAGGGCUUGACUUUAAAGGUGCUCUAUGUAACUUCACUAGUGAGGGGGUCCAUUAACUGAUUGUCUAUAUGGUGAUGUAUUGCUUUGCUUGGAAUGUUUCAGAGUAUGGCAUUAAGCAUAUCUAGUUAACAUUUAUUCAAUGACAGGUAUUUUUAUUGGUCAAAAUAUUCACUAAAAAUAUGCAUUGUUACUGUUAGCGGGGUUGCCUCUCUGUAGAUCUAAACAGUAACUUGGUUUAAUGGUAUACUUUGGAGUAUUCUAGCUAAAACAAUAAACUCCAUGGAGACAAGUAUGGAGCUGACCCUCCACCAGAAAAGUUGCGUGGUGGCUCUUUAAAGAGUAUGAGCCCCAUCGGCCCUUUUUGUGUAAAUGACUUAAAAUUGCAGACUUUUCAUUUUUAAACACACUAUUUUGUCAAUGUUCAAAAUGUGAAGUUGCUUAAAAGUGGUAAUGAUUUUGAGUCAUUUUUUUUGUUUGUUUGAGACCAAUACAAAAUGAUACAUCUUUUGUACUAUAUGGAGCUCAACAGAUCUAACCACCCCCCAGGAUGAACUCCGCUUUAGGCUAACCAGCUGUGUGGUAACUAAUGACCAUAAGACACAUCAUUUCAUUGUCAAUAUAUAUUUGAAACUUUAUAAAUCUCAAACAUAUAAAAACAUUUAGCUUCACUUUAGUUUUCAAAUAUGUUUUUACAGAUAGCUGUUUAGCCUCCUUUUAAAACCCUUAAUAUUGAAUUUUUUUUAUAGAGAAAAUUAAUGGGAAAUGUAUUAGAGGAACCGCACAGGACUUCAAAAUGGGUGAAACUGUUGUGCUCAUUUGGUAAAUACAUAAAAAAAACAAAAAACUUGACUAUUCCAUAUGUACACAUUACUGACUAAAAAGUGAAAAGUGUUUUGCUGGUGAAUAAUAAACACAAAAAACCCAACAAUUAAAAGUACAUAAAAUG